AUGUCGACAUCUCCAGAUCCUCGCGAGGGCUUAAGUCCACCACCCGCUAGUAUUCUCGACAUCUUUACCGGAGAUGAGGACGAGGAUGAUGACGUCGAAAGUUACCAUCCCACCGAGGAACAAAGUACAGAUGCCACUGGCUCACAACAAGAAGACAGCGAUCCUGAUUUUACGGACGCCCAAGAAACCCUCAAUGGCAUAGAAAUAAUAUUCGAAGGAGAGGACGAUGACGGCGGUGAUGAUGAGGAAGACAACCAGACCGAAACCGGAGAGAAUGCCACUGCAACGGCAACGCGAGCUGCUGCACAAGUAACGGCCAACGACAUUCGCGGCCUCCUAAGUGCCAGCGCGCCUCUCCGCCAACUCAUUCUCAGCCGCUACCGUCUUCUCGGUCCUAACGGCCGGGAUCUCUUCGCCGACGACGACGAUGACGACGAGGACUACCUGUACGGCGCCCGCCGUCGCCGCGCCCGACGCCCAAAACCGCAGGGCGACCGCUUCCCGAAAGUCCCCUCUGACGCCGGUAGAGCGCUGAUGAACCUUGGCACCUUUGGCUGCAGAGACUCAUACCUCGACAUUCGACGAAAACGGCGCCGUAACGUGUCCGAACGUCUUCUCUGGCGAAGAUUGGGACUGGAAGCCCGCUCUACGAUGAAGCGACAAAACAAUCUGAUGGCACAGGACCAGGUCCCCGACUCGACGACGGCAGAUAAAAUCAUUCACUACGACUCACGGGCUUACAGCGGGCAAUUCUCCGACGAUGGUAACUUUUUCUUCUCCUGCACCCAAAAUUUCAAGGUCAGGAUGUACGACACUUCCAAUCCCUACGAGUGGAAAUACUACAAGACGGUAGACUAUCCUUUUGGGCAGUGGACAAUCACCGACGCGACGCUGAGUCCCGACAACAAGUGGCUUGCGUACUCGAGCAUUCGGCAUACGGUCUGUCUAGCGCCCACGGAUCCGACAGAUCACUCAGAGAACACAUUGUUAGAUUUCACGAACUUCGCCCCCGGAAGUAACACGGGGCGGCAGACGUACGGAUACAUGGGCCGUCACGGCUUCGGGAUCUGGUCCCUACGGUUUAGUGGUGACGGGCGUGAGAUUGUAGCCGGCACGUCUGAUCAUUCCGUCGUGGUGUACGAUCUGGAGAGACGGCAGAGCACAGUCCAGCUGGCCAACCAUGACGAUGAUGUGAAUGCCGUGUGCUUUGGUGACAAGAUGUCGCCGCACAUCCUGUACUCCGGAAGUGAUGAUCAGACUCUGCGGGUGUGGGACAGACGAUCGAUGGCCGAUGGCCGGCCCGCAGGGAUCUUCGUCGGACACACCGAAGGUCUCACGUACGUGGAUUCCAAAGGCGAUGGCCGGUACGUCUUGUCGAACGGUAAAGAUCAGAUGAUGAAACUCUGGGACCUGAGGAAGAUGAUCUCCCCGAAUGAGUUCUCGCACAUCAAUCUACACAGUUACACGACGAACUUCGACUAUCGCUUCAGCACGUAUGACCUGGAUGAUUACGUGCCGAACCCCAAGGAUUGCUCGGUCGUUACGUUUCGGGGACACAGCGUGCUGAAGACGCUGAUACGAUGCCACUUCUCGCCGCCGGGCUCAAGCAAUUCGCGGUAUGUGUACAGUGGCAGCGAGGAUGGUAACGUGUACAUCUGGAAUUUAGACGGCACGUUGAGACAGAAAAUCGACGUCUACGCAGCGACGAAAUACACAAGACCCAGGCACGACGGAUCCGAGAUGGGAGGGUAUGGCUAUGAGUUGCAUGGGCAUCAUGAUGCGGCAUGGAAGACUUGUGUCCGGGAUGCGAGUUGGAGUCCUACCGCGCCCGUGUUGGCUGCAACGUCCUGGAACGGCUGGGGAAUGUCCACCGGCACGGUCUCCCUACAUUCAUGGAAUGACGGCGCCGAAGAUGAUGAAGCUUUGCCCGCCAUGUCUUCAAACUAUAACGCGCGCCUCGACCCCCGCGAGGAUUUCAACAGCACGAUGCGCCGAGCGAGGAACGUCGAACGCGGCGGUAGAAGUGGACCUACAGACACGCGAAGUCGUGCUGGCGGAAGGGGAUUGAGGAGUAGCAUUGUGAGACCUGCUCGGUUGGGCGAAGAGGAAGGUGAUGGUGGAGGGAGCAUUUGGUGA